ACAACGCCAGCGAAGGGGCGGGGUUAUGAGCUAGAUGCGGAAGGCCCUUCCGGGCGCGGAGCAACACCUCGGAAGGAGAAAGGCGGGUAAGGAAGGGGGCGCAUGCGCAGAAGACAUGGCAGCCUGCUUAGUGACUGAGGAGCCGUCUUCGCUGGGUCGGUCGUGCUUCUGGUUGUCGGGAUGGACGAGGAUAUUUUGACUACGCUGAAGAUCCUCAUCAUCGGCGAGAGCGGCGUCGGCAAGUCUAGCCUUCUUUUACGGUUUACUGAUGAUACGUUUGAUCCAGAACUUGCAGCAACAAUUGGUGUUGACUUCAAAGUGAAAACAAUAUCUGUUGAUGGAAAUAAAGCUAAGCUAGCAAUCUGGGAUACUGCAGGUCAGGAACGGUUCAGAACACUAACACCCAGCUAUUAUAGAGGAGCACAGGGUGUUAUAUUAGUUUAUGAUGUCACAAGAAGAGACACUUUUGCCAAACUAGACAACUGGCUAACUGAAUUGGAAACAUACUGCACAAGAAAUGAUUUAGUUAAAAUGUUAGUAGGAAAUAAAAUUGAUAAGGAGAACCGGGAAGUUGACAGAAAUGAGGGUCUCAAGUUUGCCCGAAAACAUUCCAUGUUGUUCAUAGAGGCAAGUGCAAAAACCUGUGAUGGUGUACAGUGUGCCUUUGAAGAGCUUGUUGAGAAAAUCAUUCAGACUCCUGGACUGUGGGAAAGUGAGAGCCAAAACAGAGGUGUAAAGCUAUCAAGUAAUGAACAGGGCUAUAGAAGUGGCUGUGGUGGCUACUGUUCUGUCUUAUAAACUCUGGAAGACUUGUUCUUUUGUGUAUUUAAAUGGAUAGUGGUGUCCUCUGUACAUAAAUUUAUAUCUGCUAUUUUAGGGACCUUGCGGUUUGCACAUAUUUGUGUAUCACAGCAGUGAACAUUUUUCUAGGAAAAUGUACUCUGCAGCUUUUCCAGUUGAAAAAUGUUAUGGUAAGCAUGCCUAAUUUGCAACUUAUAGAUUCUUUUUAUAUAUAGCAUAAGUUAACUUGUUGCAGGAACAAAUGCACUCAAAUUUCAUAAUUAUCAUGAAUUACUUGGGGAAAAUAUUUCAAACACAUGUUGGCUUCAUUCUGUCUGACUCUGGUCUUUUUCUCAACUAUGGUACUAUUUGAGGCACACAGAUCUUAAAGAGUGCAAGUGGAUACAUGUAAAAUUUGCUCAAUUUUAUUGGCAAAUGGUUUUUCUUACCAGUUUAACACCAUGACUAUACAAUCCCUUUUUAGCUAUAAGCAACACUUUUUCUAGAUUGUAACUAACUCCCAUUAAAUCUGUGCUCUUGGAAGAGGUGCUUCUAAAAGUACUUUUUUUGGGGGGGGGAGAUUUUAAAAGAUGUCACUUCAGUGAAUAAUAUGACUGUCUAACUGGAGUUUUAACCCUGAGAUAUUUAGAAUGGCACUCUUGCACCAUGGCUUUUAUGAUGCAGUGUGUUAUGGACCUGUGCUAUAGAUUUUUUCCCUUUUGGUUACAAGUUUGAUGGAGUCGUUUUGUGAAUCACUUUGCCAAACUUUGAAUGCUUAUUUCUAAAUGAUAGUAAUAUAAUUUGAUUUCACUUACUCAAACUGUUGCUCAUAUGUGGCUGAAAGGCCUUAGUCGAAAGACUGCUCUACUUGUGACUGUUGGUUCUGAACCUUAAAUAAUGUUAAAAAGUUGUGUCUUCUGGGUGUGUCUGUGUAAGGAAUGUGCUAUUUUGUUGGGAUUUGCUGUAACAAACAGCCAAUGAUUUGCUUGUUUCAGAAUACUUGUAUAGACUAAUAAAAAAUUUUCACAGUAUACACACUUUUCUAACAUCCUCAUGUACAGGUGAAUUUUGUAAGACACAAAUGAAGAUGUCUUGGAUUGUUGAUCCUGUAAUAGACGACACUAAUGACUUCAAUACUGCAAGAGACUGAUCUGUUUAGCAGUAUGGGCUACUGUGCAAUUUCCUGUAAAUAUACAGACUGAAAUACUUUUAUAA